AUGUCGUUUUGUGCCAACUGUGGAGGCAAGCUGGGGGCUGGGGCACGCUUCUGCAACGGAUGUGGCAAGCCAGUUCAGGCGCCCUCAUGCUACCAGUGCGAGAAGCCCAUCGCCGGCAAGGUGCUCAACGUCGACGGGGAGCCCACGUGCGAGAAGUGCAACGCUGAAAUGGAUGCUGCUAUCGGCCAGGCCCUCACCAACGCGCAGUCAGAACACAGCAAGUAUGGCGGCUUCAUAGACAGAAAGUUUUGA